AUGCCGGCGGUAGACGUGGACGUCACCACCAUCCCCGACAUGAUCGAGGCGCAGCUGACGCUCAGCUACAGCCGCCUCGCACACCUCGUCCGCCUCAUCGUCGAUCAGGGCAACGGUCACGACGUGGACAUUGACAAAAUGAACAACCGCAUGGAUGCGCUGGCGAGGGAGAACGCGGAGCUGCGGGCCCUUCUGGAGUCACUCGUGGAGAAGAACUCGCGCGAGAGUUGGUUUCAAACGGAGCUGGAUGAAUUGCGAGGUGAGGUUGCCCGCGUGUCUGACAGCUGCGCGGAGAACUCCAAUAAACUGGUCUCCGUAACGGAGGAGAUCCAGUCUCGCUUCGACGAGACGGAGAAACGGCUCAAGGCGGAGACGACCACGCGAGCGAACGAGGUGGAGCGCUUCCACUUGUCCGUGGGUGAAGUGCAGAGCGCCGUCCGAGACAUGGGAGGGACGCUGAAGCACCUCCAAAACUUUGUAGAUGUAUGGGAAGGCAAGCCGGAGAAGACGGAGGCGUUAACGACGCGUGACGCGGCGGGCGCCUUUCAGCACUCUACGGAGAAUCGUGUCGAGUACCUGCGCUCCCUUCCUGUCUUCGCCAGCGUCUUUGACGAGGUGGACGUGCUCCGUCAAAUGCUUCGCCAGCAGGCCGCUGACAGCCUGUCCGCAAAGACUGCUGCGGGGGCAAUUCGGCGUUUUAGUGCCGCUGAGGUUUCCGCCUCAGGUGUGUCUGAUGCAAAUAAGGUUGACCGCGACGCCAUCAGCGGCUUGCAGGAGUCCCUGGGGGGGGUGUUGCAACGUCUAAAGAGGCUCGAAGGCGGACUGACACCCGCGUUUGGGCAGGCGAAAGCGCGGCCGCAGCAAACACCGGUGCACCUGUCAGCAGAAGUGGAGGACAUCAGUCGGCUCGAGAAGCGGCUGCAGCAGGUGGAGAAUCGUUUACGCAGCCUCUCCUUCCAGGCCUCUGACGGAGGCGGCGCGGAAAAGGCCAACCUACUGGGUCUUAAUGGGCGUUUGUGGCUUGCCGAGAGUGGGGCGGAGACCCUCCCGUUACAACAGCUGCCGCAGAAGGAAGGGGAAACUCUGACGCCUGGCAUGCCCGGGCGGCAGCCCUUCAGGACCUACUCGCAAUCGCAGUCGCAGUUGCCGUCGCAGUCGCAGUCGCAGCCACGGCGUUCGGCGUCGGCUUCUUUCGGGCGUCAUGCGCCGGCGCCUGUGGGAAGGGAGGGAGCUCCUGGCUCCACAGGGGAAGGCUUGGCGUUGCCGCAACUCCAGGCAGUUUCCUCGAAGGGGAGGAAUGAGACGUCGGAUCCGCAGGCGCUGCAGGGGGCUGGAGGUGAGGCACCCAACCCUGGGGAUUCUGCUGCGCAUCCAACGGAGGUAGAAGCGGGCCGUCUUCGUACCUCGCCACCGCAUUCGCAGGCGGCAGCUCAGAAUGAUGAAAUCCAGCUUCGUAUUGCGCGGCUGGAGGAGGGUUCGACGCUGCUGGAGAUGAAAAAGGCUGACCGCCAGGAGUUGGCGCAGCUUGAGGACGCCUUGCGGCAGAUUGUUCAAAACCAGGCACUGCAGCCAGGAUCUCCGCUCUUGCAAGCCUUAAUGCCGCGUCGUCCAAUGUCGCAGCAGGAAUCUCGUGGGAUGAACGCGAUUGAGUCGGCGUACUACGGCAGCUUGGGGUUGGGGCCGAGGAGCGCCACACCCGGGCGCCCCGUGUUCGUCGGGGGCGCGGCAUACAGCCUGCGCGACAACACAGGCGCCGUGACGCCGGCCACCGUAUCCAGCUCGCACUUGCUGUGA